AUGGAGAGAGCUAAGUUGCCUUUCAAGAAGUGUUUCUCAUGGAAUGGACGAAACAAAUCUUUUAUGGGGAUGUGCCUUGAAUGCAAAGGUUUUGGGCAUGUAGCUGAUGAGUGUGCAAAUCUGCAUAAGCGAAAGAAGAAGACAAUCACCAACGGUGAUUCUAAAAGUGAAUCUGAUUAUGGUGAGGAGCUAAAGAGUAUUGUGGCGUUCACAACCUUUAUGUCUGGUUCUAAGACGAAAUCUGCAGUGGGAUCUGCAUCAGCGUCUAUGACAUGGUCUUCAUGUGGAGGUGAUGAUGAUGUUGGAAGUGAAGAUGAUGAUGGUGGAAGCUUUGAUCUUGCUGAGAAUUAUAAAAAAUUGUAUGAACAUUGGCUCAAUAUGGUUGAGGCGAACUCAUAUUUGGCUAAGGAGAAAGCCAAGCUAGAAGCUCAAAUUGCUGAAGCACUUAAGUAUGCUUCAGAGAAAGAAAAAGAAGCACGACAGGCUGGUACUCAACUUGCAGAGACUCAGAAGGGUUUGAGGAUGCCGAAUAAUGGGACGGAUCAGCUAGAUCAUCUUCUAAGUAUUGGUCAAAGUGAUAGAUGCGGCCUUGGAUAUCAAGGAGAAUGUUCUAAGACUGAAGGUGUUUUUGUAUCAGCAGGAAAAACUAAGGAUGUAGCUACGUCUGCUACAAAACCAGAAGUUAAGAUGUCUGCAGGGAAUGCUGCAAAUGGAAAGGCUACAGUGAGGCCUGCAACUGAUGUGAAGAAUGUGACUGCUACGGCGACUGCUCCAGAGAGAGUUUCUGGAUUGAAGAGUGCAUCUCAACGAACAUUUCGGCAUGUUUGUCAUCACUGUGGUGUUGUUGGACACAUUAGGCCAAGGUGUUUCAAGUUAUGGAGGGAGAAGAACCAGAUGGAGCAAACUUAUGGUAUGAGGUAUCAUGGUCCUAUAUGUUAUUCUUGUGGAGUUCAAGGGCAUAUGCGACGUGACUAUUUCAGGUCUGUUCAAGGAGCUAAUCAUGGAGGAUUUGGGCUCAGGAAUACGUGGUCUAGGAGAUUUGAUCACUCUGGAGAUGGUGGAAUGGGAUUUCCUCCUCACUUUGGAGGAUAUGGAUCUUCAUAUUAG